CCUUUGCUGGAGCCCCGCAGGGUCUGCUCUGCUGGUUCCCUCCGCUAGCUCAGCUGUGCGGCCAGGGCCGGAUCUGCCAUGGCGUCUCCUGCAACGGGCGGGGUGGUGAUCGUAGGCAGCGGACUCAUCGGUCGGAGCUGGGCUAUGCUCUUUGCCAGUGGAGGCUUCAAGGUGAAACUCUAUGACAUUGAGCAGAAGCAGAUAGCGAGCGCCCUGGAGAACAUCAGGAAGGAGAUGAAAUUGCUGGAGCAGUCCGGCUCUCUCAAAGGCUCCUUGAACGCAGAGCAGCAGUUGUCACUCAUCAGUGGCUGCAGUAACCUAGCAGAAGCAGUAGAGGGCGCUAUGCACAUUCAGGAGUGUGUCCCAGAGAACCUGGAACUGAAGAAGAAGAUUUUCGCCCAGCUGGACCGCGCCGUGGACGACAGCGUUGUCUUGAGCAGCUCCAGCUCCUGUCUGCUGCCUUCCAAGCUGUUCGCGGGCUUGGCGCAUGUGAAGCAGUGUAUCGUGGCCCAUCCCGUCAACCCACCAUAUUAUGUUCCUCUGGUUGAGCUGGUCCCUCACCCAGAGACGGCUCCAGCCACGAUGGACAGAGCCUAUGCCUUGAUGAAGAAGAUUGGACAGUCCCCAGUGCGAGUCCUGAAGGAGAUCGAUGGCUUUGUCCUGAACCGCCUGCAGUAUGCAGUCAUCAGCGAAGCCUGGAGACUGGUGGAGGAAGGAGUAGUUUCUCCUAAUGACUUGGACCUGGUCAUGUCAGAUGGGCUGGGCAUGCGGUACGCAUUCAUCGGACCCUUGGAGACUAUGCACCUCAAUGCUGAAGGUAUGGUAAGCUACUGUGACAGAUACAGUGAAGGAAUGAAGCGUGUCCUCAAGACGUUUGGACCUGUUCCAGAGUUCUCAGGGGCCACAGUGGAGAAAGUUAACCAGGACAUGUGCACGAAGGUUCCUGAUGAUCCAGAGCACUUAGCUGCCAGAAGGCAGUGGAGAGAUGACUGUCUCAUGAGACUCGCCAAACUGAAGCAGCAGGCGCAGCCCCAGUAAAUUUCUCGUGAUGCCACCACCACUCCUUCCUGGAAGGCUCUGUGUGGGGGAGACGAGAAGCUCUUGGUCCAAUCCCUGUGCAGCAUCGAGAAGCCCAGGAAACUGGCCUGAAGACCAGGUCUGCUUCUCUGCGUGUUUCACCAUGGGCAGCUGUAGACGCCAAGAAGUGUCUUUUGGUCACUCCUGCCUAACCCAGCACCAGGGUACCAAAGCACUGCUGGGGUCCAGAGGCCUGGGUUUCCUUCCACCUGAGCAAACAGGUGGGAGCUUUUCACCUUUUCUUUCCAGUGUGAUUGUACAUGCGUUUCCAGGCGAUGACUGCAGUUUCCCGGUAUUUUAAUCUACUUCAAAUGUAUUUUUGUAAUCAUUUUCUAAUCUCCCUCUGAGCGUCCUGUGACCCUGCGUUAUGAAGCAAUCACCUUCAGUUUGCUAGCACUUAUUCUGAAUAAAAGCCUUGAUUCUACAAG